AUGCCUCUUGCGGCCGCGGGUGCGCUUGUGCGACGCCUGGGCCACGCACCGUGGGCGACCCCUUUCUGCCGCUGCUGCUUCGGCGGCGGCGGCGGCGGCGGCGGCACCGCCGUGCUGCGUCGCCUCUCAUCUUUGUCGUCGGCGCCGUUUUGCGCCACGACUGCGGCGGCUGCGAUGUCUGUUGGCUGCGGCACAAGCGUGGGUGCGUUGUGCUGCCAGCGGCGGCACCAGGGCGCGCUGCACAAGUUGCUGCACGACCACAGCGAUCCCUACCUGCAGCCGAUUGAGGAGGUUGACCUGCCACAGCUGGCCGCCGUUGCGACGGCAGGCGGGGGCGGCCCCCAGCACCUCCUGGACGGACUCACCGCCGCUACGGUCGUGCUCGCCGUGCAGGUGCGGGCCGGCGCCGCGACGCCGCGGGACGCGGACGCCGCCUUCGCCGUCUACGCGGCGGUGAUGUGCCUCGCCCCGGGGGCGGCGUCGGGUGCCGACGGCAACGCGGGCGGCGUGUCGGCGGAGGCCUGGCGAAGUGAGUGGGAGGGCCCACUGGAGGAGUUCCGCGCCGUGUUUCGUCGGACGGGUGACUCGCGGAUUCCCUAA